UCUCGUCAUUGGCUUCGUCAACUCGCACACACAACCUCCGCCACCCCCCUAACACACUUAGACACACACACACUCACACACAGUCUAGCACCAGCGCCAGAAGUCUUCGCCUAUUUAGGGGGCCGAGACGUGCAGAUCAACGAUUCUUGGUGAUUAUAGAUUGAGUUCUUCAGAGCAAUGGAACAAGAACAAGCUAUAGGAGCAAAAACGGUCUGGGAAUCUGUAAAGUUAUAUGCUGUCAAGUGCGCCAAAUGUUCAAAAUGGAGGCUCAUCCCAACAAAGGAAAAGUAUGAGGAGAUACGGGAAAGGAUCGUAGAACGAUCUUUCCUAUGCGAUACAGCACGUGCAUGGCGACCUAAUGUCUCUUGCAAUGAUGAAUCAGAUGUUAAGCUGGAUGACAGUUUCCUUUGGGCUAUGGACAAGCCGAGAAUUCCCCAAACUCCUCCAGGCUGGCAACGUAUUUUACGAAUCAGAGCUGAAGGCGGCACAAAAUUCGCUGAUGUGUACAUUAAUGAGCAUCCGCAUCUAUGUGAAGGCGUCAACAUCUCGCAAUUCUCGUUUCAGCCCCCAGUACCAUUGGAUGAGAAAUAUAUUGCAAAGCGAGCCCGUUGUACCACCCAUGUCACAAGCAGUACUCCCGCAGCAGGGGCUUAUCAUGCAUUACAGACUCAAAAUGAUAGCUCUGGGGUGCCGGAGAGAGCAACUACUGAGGCUAAAGCUACUGCUCAAAGUUGAGGUUAUCGCUUCGCCCAGAAUGCUUCCACCAACAAGGAGAUGAACAACAUACACAAAUCAUAAGCUCGGACUUAAAAAGUUCGUGUAUUUGAAGUAUACGAAUGGGACGUUGUCGAAAUUGUGGGAGGUGUCAACUUGUUCAUCAUAUUCAUGGUGGAAAUAUGUUUGUAAAGUAGGAAUUACUCUUUCCAGAAACUUAUUGCAGUUUUGACUUCUAACAUGUAUCCAGUUGAUGUGAGAUCUUGUUAGUGAUUUGUGGAAAUUGUGAAUUCCAACUUAUUAUUAUGGAAUUU